AUGCACGUAAACGUUGCGGUAACACGCGACGCUGACGCGACGGCUGCUACGCCGAUAGCACGGGAGCGCAAACGACGGCAGCCGCUGUCGCCAGAGAUGUCUUCACCACUGCGCGGUAGCAAGCUGCAGCGGCGGAAGCAGACACUUGAGGCCGGUCCGGGUCGCGCCAGUGGGACACACACGGUGGACGAGCUGGCCGCGCAGCUGGAGCGCGGCUGCGAGCAGGCGUCGGAGCGGAAGCCGCCGUACUCGUAUGCGGUGCUGAUCGGCGUUGCGAUCCUACAGUCGCAGGAGGGCAAGCUGACGCUGUCGCAGAUAUACCGGUGGAUCUCGUCCUUCUUCCCUUACUACCGGCUGUGUGACGCGGGGUGGCAGAACAGCAUCCGGCACAACUUGUCGCUGAACGAGGCGUUUGUCAAGGGCGGCAAAUCGCUCGAUGGCAAGGGCCACUUCUGGGAGAUCAAGGGCAACUGUGAGGGCCGCUUCUUCCGCGAUGGGGCAGAGUAUACUGGCGCCGCGAUUCGGCAAAGACUCCAGCGAGCGGGGGCCACCAGGGAACGCGUGGAGCCCGAAAAUGAGCCCGUGCUAUUGCCUUCACUGGCACCAGCUCCGGCUGUGGCGGUAAGGAGUUACGACGUAUUUAAACGGAGGUAUCGCAAUCCGGAUACGUUUGACGAGGCUGGCUACGCGACCGACCCAGAAGCACGCAACCACGAGGAGGUAGCGACCCCGGAACAUCCCUCAGUAGCAUCCGAUGUGUCCUCUGAGGAGGGACCUGAGAGGCAGCGUACGCCGGAUUCGCUGGAUCACGAAGGUAGCUGGAAUUGCAUGGGGUCGACGUCAAAUGAGACCCUGUCAUCCUCUCCACUAAUGCGCCGCUAUACUUGCUCAUUCAACACUUGUUUUGACCCAGCUUCGCCGGACGAGGGCGUACUUCUGCAGCCCCAAUUGCUAGAGACCCCGCAGUCUCACAGUCCUCUUCAGACGCCUCGCGAGCAGCCAGCGUCGGCUGGCAAGCUGCACACGCCAUUCUUCGAUGACUUCUUCGGCUCCCCUAUCAUUCUAAUGCCCGCGGGCACGCCCAAUGGAUAUGUCGACGAGUCCGCACUCGACAACGAACGCCGUAUCGUGCCCCGUUCCCCACGCAGGCCACUAAAUUCCUCGGCGUCCAGCUCUUUUGGACUGCAUCGGCCACAGAGCAUACUAGAGGCUCCGCACAUUUCUACAAGUGCCUUGUUCGGUGUAGAUCUGUGUUCAGUAUGGCGUCGUGCGCUCGGAGGUUCCGAAGACCGAAAUGAUUACGCUUCGCAGCAGCGUCUAGAUAUUUUAUUCAAGCCGGCACCUGACGCUGACAGGAAAUGA